AGAAAAAUCCUAUGUCUACUUUCUAACUGUUCUGGCUACCUCACUGCCUGCGAUCGUACUUAGUUACACUUCGGAAGGGACGAGGUAUUUGUGUAGAGUCUGAGGCUCCAAAGCUGGGGAUCCAGCACCCAAUGGAUUGCUUUCCAUCAUUAACUGAGGUUUGCUUUGUACCAAGCACUUCCAUUUUCUCAUGAGUGGGAUGGGAUUCCGAAGCCUUUAGGUUAGUUUCUUGUCCAAUACAGCCAAGCUCUGCCUCAUUUCUUAGCUAACUUGUAUUCCUUAUUCUAACCAUUGCUUUUGUUUGUUUGGAGACUACAGUCCUACACGUGGAACUUUCCAUUCUGUGUAUAAAGCUUUGUAUUUUCUAAUGAAUUGAUAGAGCAUUGCUACCCAUCAUUUCAAUCAUUUUAUGAGAGGGCCUGAAUACCAUAAGGCCUGCCACCUCCCUCCCUUCUCUCUCUGAGGGAGGUUUCUUUAUUAGCAAUGCAAUGUGAACUCGGAACCUUUAGGAAGAUGAGAAAUCUCACAACAGAGAGUGUUAGAGAUCAUGUUCUAUCCAAUCGAGAUUACACAGUUGAGGGGGGAAAAAAAACAGGUAGGGAAAUUUCACAUUGCUUUUUGUUCCUUAAAAAGCAUCCUUGAAAACAAUAAUGGCGUCCGGUUUUAAAGGAAAUAAAAUCUUAAUCUUAUUUUUUAAAUUUCAAGACAGAGUUAAACCAAACAGAAGAUAGUCCUAUUGAUUUGCUCUACUGAGGAAGUAACGAAUUCUAGUCUCUUUUGGAGAAAGAUAAAACUGGGGGUUUAUGGGGAGGGGCCGUUUGGUGGAGAGAAAAUGCACACGCAUGCAAAGGCAGAAUCUACCUCUAAGCUACGCACAUUCCACGGCCCAUAAAAGUGAUAUUAUUAGUCUCCCCAGAAAUACUCAUUCCUCCUUCCAAGCAGGGUCCGGCUGCUUCUCUGCCCUCCAUCAGACCUAAUGUGCUGGCGUUUUUCCAGUCAGCGCUUUAUCGUUUGUUCGGUUUGGAUCGCUCCCCUUUCUUGUGAUCAAAGACAAGGAUUAAAGUGUUUAAUGGGCCUGGUUGGGCUGGGAGGUGGGCAGAUCCGCCCGAAGAUUGGGUUUGCGCCCCUGGCGCUGGCAGAGCGCUGGACAGGAAACUCUGGAAGGCAGCCAGAGGAAAGUGAAGUUCCUGGCGCGAGCGCGUGUCCUGCUCAAAGAACCCGGCGCUAGCGCAUUCUUCGUGCAGUUAUUGGCUGGGACUCUGUGUGCCGCUGUCGGCCAAUGAAGACGCUGGAGAUCUGGCCCGGGCCCGUCCCCUUUCGGCGCCCCGGGAUGAGACAGAGACUGAACAGCGGGCGAACAAAUCAGCGGCGCCCAGAAAGCCAUGUCGGACUCGGCGCCCAGCGCCCAAGCGCUAACCCGCUGAAAGUUUCUCUGCGAAACCUCCGGGACCACCUGGACCCCGCCCAGAGGAGCUGCUUUUGAGUGCGAUGGUCGCAGAGGCCGGGAGCAGCGGACUGGUAAGCCCCGGGAGAACGGUGGGAGUUUUGCUUCUGCUAGCUGCCUUGACCAAGGCUUCCACCAUCAUUCACUAUGAGAUCCUGGAGGAGAGAGAGAAGGGGUUCCCCGUGGGUAACGUGGUCACGGAUCUUGGUUUGGAUCUCGGCAGCCUGUCGGCCCGCAGGCUCCGGGUGGUGUCCGGAGCUAGCCGUAGGUUCUUUGAGGUGAACUGGGAGACUGGAGAAAUGUUCGUCAACGAUCGUCUGGACCGAGAGGAGCUGUGUGGGACGCUGCCCUCCUGCACUGUAACUCUGGAGUUGGUGGUGGAGAACCCGCUGGAGCUGUUCAGCGCGGAAGUGGUGGUGCAGGACAUCAACGACAAUAAUCCCUCUUUCCCCACCGGGGAAAUGAAAUUGGAGAUUAGCGAGGCCAUGGCGCCGGGGACGCGCUUUCCGCUCGAGAGCGCGCACGAUCCCGAUGUGGGAAGCAACUCUUUACAAACCUAUGAGCUGAGCCACAACGAAUACUUUGCUCUCCGUGUGCAGACUCGAGAGGACGGCACGAAAUACGCGGAACUGGUCCUGGAGCGCGCCCUGGAUUGGGAACGGGAGCCAAAUGUCCAGUUGGUGCUGACGGCGGUGGACGGAGGAACCCCAGCCCGCUCCGCCAGCCUUCCGAUUCGUAUCACAGUGCUGGACGCGAAUGACAAUGCGCCCGCCUUCAAUCAGUCUUUGUAUCGGGCGCGCGUCCGGGAGGAUGCACCCCCCGGCACGCGCGUCGCCCAGGUUCGUGCAACCGAUCUGGAUGAAGGCCUCAACGGAGAAAUCGUUUACUCCUUCGGCAGCCACAACCGGGCUGGGGUGCGGGAGCUAUUCGCCUUAGACCUUGUAACCGGGGUACUGACAAUCAAGGGUCGCCUGGACUUCGAAGACACCAAACUCCAUGAGAUUUACAUCCAGGCCAAAGACAAGGGUGCCAAUCCCGAAGGAGCGCAUUGCAAAGUACUGGUAGAGGUUGUGGACGUGAAUGACAAUGCCCCGGAGAUCACAGUCACUUCCGUGUACAGCCCAGUCCCUGAGGAUGCCCCUCUGGGGACUGUCAUCGCUUUGCUCAGUGUGACUGAUCUGGAUGCUGGCGAGAACGGGCUGGUGACCUGUGAAGUUCCACUGGGGCUCCCCUUCAGCCUGACUUCUUCCCUCAAGAAUUACUUCACUUUAAAAACCAGCGCAGCCCUGGAUCGCGAGACCAUGCCCGAAUACAACCUCAGCAUCACAGCUCGAGACUCCGGAACUCCCUCCCUCUCCGCUCUUACCACGGUGCGGGUCCAAGUGUCCGACAUCAACGACAAUCCUCCUCAGUCGCCCCAAUCUUCCUACGAUGUUUAUGUUGAGGAAAAUACACCCCCUGGAGUUCCUAUAUUAAACCUGAGUGUCUGGGACCCCGACGCCCCGCACAAUGCCCGCCUUUCUUUCUUCCUCUUGGAGCCAGGAGCGGAAACUGGGCUGGUGGGUCGCUAUUUCACAAUAAAUCGUGACAAUGGAGUCUUGACAACCUUAGUACCCCUGGACUAUGAGGGUCAGCGAGAGUUCCAACUAACAGCUCAUGUAAACGACGGGGGUACCCCCGUCCUGGCCACCAACAUUAGCGUGAACAUAUUUGUUACUGACCGCAAUGACAACGCCCCCCAGGUCCUGUAUCCCCGGCCUGGCCAGAGUUCGGUGGAGAUGCUGCCUCGAGGUACAGCUGCGGGCCACGUGGUCUCGCGGGUGGUAGGCUGGGACGCUGAUGCAGGGCACAAUGCCUGGCUCUCCUACAGCCUCCUGGGAGCCCCCAACCAGAGCCUUUUUGCCGUGGGGCUCCACACGGGUCAGAUCAGCACUGCUCGCCCAGUCCAGGACACAGAUUCACCCAGGCAGAUUCUCACAGUCUUGAUCUCAGACAAUGGAGAACCAUUGCUCUCUACCACCGCCACCCUGACUGUGUCGGUAACUGAGGAGUCUCCCGAAGCCCGGGCGGAGUUCCCCUCUGGCUCUGCUCCCCGAGAACAGAAUAAAAACCUCACCUUUUAUCUACUUCUCUCUCUAAUCUUGGUCUCUGUGGGGUUCGCAGUCACAGUGUUGGGAGUGAUCAUAUUCAAAGUUUACAAGUGGAAGCGGUCUAGGGACCUAUACCGAGCCCCAGUGAGCUCCCUGUACCGAACACCAGGGCCCUCCUUGCACGCAGACGCGGUGCGAGGAGGCCUGAUGCCGCCGCACCUGUACCAUCAGGUGUACCUCACCACAGACUCGCGCCGCAGCGACCCGCUGCUGAAGAAGCCUGGUGCCGCCAGCCCGCUGGCCAGCCGCCAGAACACUCUGCGAAGCUGCGAUCCGGUGUUCUAUAGGCAAGUGUUGGGUGCAGAGAGCGCCCCCCCUGGACAGGUAAGAGUUAGCAAGUCAUCUCUGAAAUGCAUUAACACUGUUGAUUCCUUCACCGUGUUCAGGGGGUAUGGAUCUGUUUUGUUGUUUUGAACGAUAGUAAUGUUUUGUUUUGUUUUGUUUUUUUCUGAGCAUGCUUCCAGAAUCUGACCUAUCCUUCCUAGAUAGAGCAGUGCCUUUCGGGGGAAGUGGCAGGCUAGAGUGUGCUUUGUGGUCCUUUGUCAAGAAUGAGGAUACUUGUUUGACUCCUUCAUGGACUCAGUUCAUACCCUCAGCACUCUUUCUUGCCAUCAUGACUAACCGUUGGUCAUGCUAAGGGCGCUUGAUGGCAGCACCCAGAGCUCAGCUUGGUUUGCUUUGGAAAUGAGCUCCUGGACACCUCUAAUCAGCGUCAGUAGAAAAAUCUCCUUGUCUGUCCACCUUUUGAGUGGUUGCUACAUCUUCUAUAUUAAAACUAAUGUGUUGGGGAGUGUUAGUUUCUUUCUUUGUUUGUGGCUGGCCUGGAACUCACUAUGUAGACCAGGUCGGCCUCAAACUCAGAAAUCUACUUGCCUCUAAAAGUAUUUAAAUACUUCCUUAGCCUACACAAUCUUGUACAUCAUUCUCAGAUAAUUUAUAAAGCUCUAGGUAUCCUUUAAAUUUGUUUCAAGCGCAUUACUGGAAAUAACGGGCAUUCUUACCAAAUAUCUUAUAACAUUAAUAAUGAGCAUUGUAGGAAACCUGGGAAAUACAUAAAAACAUAAAGGCAAAAAUUUCACUAUAAUACCCAAUGCUAAUCAUUUCAAUUACAAAAAUAAAAUUCAUUUUGAAAAUCACUCUAGAUGGCCCACAAGAACAUCAAGUGGAGG